AUGCGAGCAGGAACGGGAUGCAAGUUCCUUCUUGCUUUGAUCUUGUGUCACUGUUACGUGGUUGAGGCUGUUCCCCGCGAGGACUGGGCAGAGCAGUGGUGCGAGUUGAACGACUGCUAUGGGGUGAAGGAACGCGAAAAACGACAAAACACCAUAGAUAAGGUGGAGAAAGAGCAUCGGAAGGCGGCGAGAAGAUAUCAGACAACCGGUGAGAUCCGAGCGAUCAAGACCGAAGCAGUGCAGCACGCGUACUUCGGCUAUGAUGGCCCCGUCCUCGACCAUCCAGCAUUCCCCGGCGUUGCGAACGAGCAUGCGGAACGUGCUGAGAGGCGACAAGAAGAAUAUGCUCAAUCGAUCCGCAAGAUGGUGGAGCAGCGAGCAAUUUCUCCUCCUCAACCCUCGGGCGGAUACCUGCUUCCCAACUCCGAAGAGGCCGCGCAGCUUGCCGUAAGAGAGCAGGAUGACACCGCGAUCGCCAUCGCUCGCAGACGACACGCGGUGAUGAAGAGCGAGGUGAGAAUGGGCUGCAUGUACGACUACUUCGAAGAGCCCUACGGAAGGGAAGGGCAUCGCAUCGGCCGGAUCCUCACAGUCCCCAAACGUGUCAAGGGCUGUGCAGCUGGCUCAGUGUGGAAGGACACGGGAGGAGGAGGAGUUGAGCUUGUCUCCAGGACGGCAGAAUCUCUCGGAAGCGUGUGGAGGAAGGUGAACGGCACCGACCGCGAGUGGUUCGAUGACGUUCCCGCGCCUCCCAAGGAUGUUCCUUGGGCCAUGUCGUGGAAGGAGUGGAGGUCCCAGCAACUCCUUCCCUACAAGCAGCGAGCUCCCCCCCCUUGCGCUCCUGGUUACGGCGGCGCUUUCUGCAAGAUAGAACUUGGAACAGGCGCAGACUACGUGGAUGAAGAAGACGAACCUCCUCCUUGGGCUCAGAUGAACGAUGUGAAGAGGCUGAAGCAGUUCUGGAAGGAGCAGCACAUGCUAGCAACAGGGAAGAGCUUGUCAGGGGUGAAUCUUGACGCUCACCGGCGGGGUUCUCUUCCUCUUGCUCCGCUGGAGUACACGGCAGGGACAGCCGACAAGAAAGCCAUCGCCUCCGGGGAACGAAGCUGUCUCUGCGACCCGACAGACCUGGAGUGCAUCAAGAAGUGCACUGACGCCUCGUUCCGACAGCCCAAGACCUGCUACGACAAGUGCGACCACACCGGCUGCCAUCAGGAGUGCGUUCACGUCCAGCUCUCCUUUGCCAGCGACAAGCCUUCGGUCCCAGCUGGCCCGGAGCACGACAAGCCUAGCAAGGCGAAGUCGAUCGCGAGCGAGCACAAGGCUGAUAAGAAGGUCGAGGCAGCAAAGCAGCUGAGCGGAGAAGAAAACAAGGCGAACGCGGCGGGGAAUCUGAACCUUUGCGAGACCGGUCACUUUUCUAUCAACGGUCAAGCCCCUUGCCAGCCGUGUGCGGCAGGUUCUUAUGCUGCCGAGAGAGGAGCGGUGACAUGCACGCGCUGCGAGAGGGGAUCGUACCAGAACCGGACAGGGGCGUCAAGCUGCGAGACCUGCGGGGGAGACGCUGCGACUGUGCAGGCGGGCGCGACGUCGGCGAAGGACUGCGGGGACUUUGCGAUGCUGACGGGAGUGCAGCUGAUCGAGUACGAGCGACAAGUUGACGACAGCAUCGUCCUUGACGGUUCAGAGGAGAAGGACGUCAAAGUGAACCCCACAGGCAGCGCCAUGGGUCCGUGGUAUGGAGGAUGGCGGAUGCUGGUCUACGGGAAGAAUCUCGGCAAGUCAGCGGAGGACCUCGACGUCAUUCUCGUGGGUAACGUGACCUGCAAGAGGAGCGUCUGGCUCUCUUCCUCCUCCUCUGCGUGCAUGGUACCGCGAGGGAUGGGGUGGAACCUGCCGGUCACGGUAGACCUCAAGGCCAGCUCGGCGACCCUGGAGGGAAAGUUUUCGUACGAGGCUCCGGUCAUCGAGUCCUACCACCCGCGCAACGGAGCUCCUCGCGCUGGCUUCUGGGUCACCAUCACCGGCAGAAACUUCGGGCACGUGGACACGCAGCCAGUGGCUUAUCUGGCUGGGCGAGUCUGCCUGGAGACCUACUGGAUCAGCGACUCGCGCGUCCUCUGCCGGGGACCCCCGGGGGUCGGAGGUCCUGCGAUGCUGCACCACGUGGACGUGACGUUCGAGCCCGCCGAGCACGUGCAGGACAUGCCGAGAAGCUUAAGGAAGUGGGUCAGAAGUUUGCUAGCAGCAAAGAUUUCAACUGUAUCAGCAAAGAAGGAGGCGAACCCUGUAGUGGAGAUCGACGUCAAGGCAGCGGCAGACGCAAGCGACAAGGCACUUGCGCGCACAAGCAUGGAUGGAGAGAAGAGGAGGGCAGACAAGGAGAAGAAGAAAGGAGGAGAUGCUGGAUAUGCGACGACUUCUCUCGCUGCCCUGAAGGAUAAGUGGAAUGAAGAAGAGCAAAGAUUCAAGCAAGAGCUUGCAGAGCUACAGAAGGACAAGCUCGAGCAGGAGGAGGAUAUGAUAGCAUCGUACUUGGUGAUGGUGGAAGACAGAGACAUCAAGCGGGAGCAGCAGGAAGCGGAAGCUCGGAGGAAGCGGCAGGAAGAGUUUCUUGCUCUGCAGGAAGCAGAGCGAGCGAUUAGAGAGCAAGAGUUGGCUGCGAUGAGAAGUCGUGAGCAGCAAGAGGCUUCGCGACUUGAGAAAGCAAAGGGAGCGAUGGAUAAGAAACUCGACAAGUUCAGGAAGGCUCAAGAGACGGCGAGGAGGAAGAAGCUGCGAGCCGAUGCCACGGAGGCGAUUGCGGCUUUGUCCUCGUGUAUCGAGCUUGUCGCCAUGGACUGUAAGUCAGGCAGCUGCAGACUCCUGACAGCUGCUGCUCUCGCGUCCCCUCUCUGCAAGCUGGAGGACCUUGAAAGAGCUUCGCAUCUCAUUCAACAAGCUCAGCUCGAGCAGGAGGAGGAGGCACAGAAGGUCGUUGCCCUCCUCUUUGACCUCCGACGGGGCCUAGAAGAUGGAGAAAAACGUCUGCGCGAGGCUGAGUCCGCACUUGCCCGCGUGCUCGAGAACUCAGCAGAUGCAGGGAGGGAAGGGAAUCGAUGCAGAGAGGCGCUGGGACAGGCGGAGGCUUCUCUCCUUUCUGCAGGUCUUGCUUCAAGAGACGCCAUGGAGCGGGUCAAAGACGUGAGGAGAAGACUGGAAGAGAUCGAGCUGAAGCAUGCCGUGAAGGCGCAAGAGGAAGCCACGAAGAAGGAGGAGGAGGCAACGAAGAAGGAGGAGGAGGCAACGAAGAAGGAGGUUGAGGAUGCAACAGCGACGGGUGGGAAGGAAAGCAUGGUUGUGAUGGACAGAGAGGAAGUUGUUUCGGUGAAAGAAGUGCUGAAUGAGGGGCAAGAGGAGAAAGUGAAGGAAGUCAAAACAAGCGACGAGGAGAUGUCAGUUGCUGUCUGCGAGCAUCGAGAACUCUGCUCUGGAAACGACACGACCAAGAGAUCGCGCCAGCUGCCGGACAAGUGCGGUGUGGGCAUGGCGGUGAAGGCGGUGAAGGCUGGGAACGAGCAAGUGGGACUUGAGGUAACGCGGCUGGUUGACGGCAGCCCGGCGAGCGAGAGCGGAAAGAUCGCCAUUGGAGACAGGUGA